GUGGCUCUAUGUCCUCUGCGCCGUUCUCGCCUUCUUGAACCUAUAUUUUAUCGCGACAACGUGGAUUUGGCCGCCAGAUCCGUCGUCGUUGAUAGAUGACUACCAGCGACUAAAAGUGGUCACCGUCGGGCGACUGGACCUCGUCGAGUCACGCCCGUCUGAUCGCAGCGAACAUGCCAUUGUCUCCUCAAUGUACACAGACGCCUUCGCCUUCCCCGUCGCGACCCUCGGGCACUCCCUCGCCCUCACCAACACGACCGCGCGCAAAAUCCUCAUGUACCUCCCGAACAAAGUCUCCGCCGAGGCGCUCUGCAUCGCCCGCGCGGGCGGCUGGGAGCUCAACCCCGUGCCCUUCAUCCAGCCGCCCCACGGCGGCGCCGGCACGGGCUACCGCUUCGGCGACCAGUACACGAAGCUGAACCUCUGGGGGCUCGACCAGAUCGGCGUCAAGGCCGCCGUGUACCUCGACGCGGACACCCUCGUGCGCCGGCCGUUCGAGGAGCUGUUCGCGCUCCCGUUCGACUUCGCCGCCGUGCCGGACGUGUUCGUCGCGGACCGCCGCGGCGGCUUCAAGCUCGGCUUCAACGCGGGCGUGCUCUUCCUCCGCCCGAGCAACGCGACGCUCUGGCAGAUGCUCGACAACCUCGACCGCGCGGUCUUCCCGCCGUUCGAGGCGGAGCAGGCGUUCCUGAACGUCUUCUUCGCCGCGGACGCGGUCAGGCUCCCGUACGUCUACAACGGGAACCUCGCCAUCAAGCUGCGCAAUCCGGCCAUGUGGACCGCGAUCCGCGACGAGCUGCGCGUCGUGCACUACACGUCCGUCAAGCCCUUCGACGUCUUCAACGGGGUGCAAACGCGCGACAGCAUCCGGAAAGUGCUGAAGAAGAGGAAGGGCAAGAAGGGUGGGCUGUUUCGGGAGGAGAUCGGGUGGUGGGAGGACGCAUGGACAGAGCUUCUGACGGUGCCGGCUCUGCACGAGUGCUUUGAGAGCGAGGCAUGGUGAUUGUGAGUAGCGGCGGCUUGUCUUUGCAUAUAUCGGGGAGAGGCUGGUAUCUGUACACCGGGAUUAAUCACGCAGGGCGGCGGCGUUGCGCGC